AGAUCUUAUACUGACCAUCCAUCUAUUUAUUAAAGUAGAAAAUGUUCAGAAAUCUGUUCCGUUCCUGUCUGCCUUUGCGCAGUAAUACACAAUCACCAUCAACUUCAGAGUUCAGAGAUCCAAGUGGAAUAUUAGAACUGGGAGAAACCCUUGGCCAGGGUUCCUUUGGCCAGGUGUACAAGGGUCACCAUCUUAAAACCCUUGAAGAAGUGGCUGUGAAAGUCAUUUAUAUCCAAAACCAGGAUCACAAAGAGAGAAUCUCCAAUGAGAUUAAAAUCCUUGAAAAGGUCUCACGGCACAGCAACAUCGUGUCAUUCUUUGGCGCAUUCCAGCCGCCUGACUCCAUAGAGAGGCCUGUAUGGAUUGCAAUGGAAUUUUGCGGAGGCGGCACAGUAGCCGAACUUUUAGAUUUGUUACCAGGCAGAUCACUUCCCAAGACAUGGAUCUCCUACAUCUGUCGGGAAGCCUUAAAGGGCCUGACCUACCUCCAUAAGAAGAGAAUUAUUCAUCGGAAUGUAAAACCGCUCAACAUCGCGCUUACGGAGGACGCCGAAGUGCGUUUAAUUGACUUCAGCAUCGCUAAAAAACUAAAACGGCGCAAAACUUGCAAAGAACUGCAAGGGACACCACAUUUCGCGGCACCUGAGGUGUGGACUGGUGGACCGUAUGAUUUUAAGUGUGACAUAUGGUCAUUAGGCAUCACAGCCUUAGAGAUGGUAAAGAGAGCAAUCCCACGAUCAUAUUUACCACCUAAAACAAUUGGAAUUGCCAACGUUCGUAAUGACCCUCCAGAGCUGAUUAUAUCAUAUAAAUGGACUACGGAAUUCUACUCAUUUGUUAAAGACUGUCUGACCAAGAACCAAACAGGCAGACCAAAGGCAAAACAUCUCCUAAAAAACCAUCCUUUUGUAAAUAACAUACAAAAUGAAGCUGAGGUGAGAGAGGAAAUUAGAGCUUUCUUCCUCAGAAACAAUGAAGCUGAAUUAAAGAAUGGAUUUAGUAAACCUAGAGAAGAACCUAGGGAUACUGAAAAGAAAAGAACCAGCUCUCAAAUUCUUAAACCUGCUGAAGAAAAGCAGAACUUGCCCAUGGCUGAGAACAUGGACGUAGAAGUUGCAAGCUCAGUUGCUGUCCUUGAAAGCAAGGAAGAAAAUGAAUUUAUUAUAGAAGAGAAACUGGACACAGAAGAUGCCAGUUUAUUAACAUCAGAAAUCAAAAACAUCUCAAAGAUAAGUUUGCCCAAGGACGAGAAUCUGGAUGAAGAAACAAAAGAUGAUCAAGGCUUUGUUACAAAACAACAACCAGACACAGAAGAAGCCAGUUUACAAUCAUCAGAAGGGGAAAUCAUCUCAAAUAACUCUGACGAGCUGCAUGCAAAACAAGAUGUAUGUACAGUCCAUGUUCAGGAGUUGGCUCCUGAAAUAGAACAUGAUGCACUCAUUGCACAUGAACUAACCCCAGAAGACAACAGGAAUGCAUCUAUUAAUAAGAAUGAUUAUGAGUUACCUCAAGUUGGCUCAACCACUGAGGAGGAAUUUUUCAUGGCUGACGAGUUUUCUCCACAAGAGAAACUGAAGCCAGAAAACACGAACAAAGAAGAAGAGGAGGAAUUUUUCAUGGCUGAUGAGUUUUCUCCACAGGAAUACUUGGUGUUAUUGCUUCCCUGGUUUUUGUUCUGUAUCUUUUAUUUGCUGUGGUUAUUGGUUGUAAAAACUAGGAUCAACCCACACAUCUGAUGCAACAUGAUUGUUUCACUCUACAAAUUUGGGCAUUUUCACUUGUCCCCCUUGGGGUGAUUUUAUUUUUGUAUUAAAUUUUUGGAGACUAUAACCUAGUCCUAUCAGAGAAUAGAGAUUGCCCACACCCCAUUACUUAAACAGUACAAAUCUCAAUGCCAGAGAUUCCAUCAACUGAUCCACAGAUCAGAUCUUCGGGACUUAUGGUGCAUACACCAUCCCAACAAGAGAGCAAAUACCUUUCACUAUACUUGCCAUCAGUUAUAUUCUAGAUCCCUUGCCUCCGCUAUUAGAAAUCAUAAAGAUAUAACGAGUUCUAAGAUUCAGCAGCAAGAAUUUGUGGUCACCACAGUAAUUUCCCACCAUUAAUACAGAAAAUUAAAUCUUCCUUCUUAAAUGCAGCCCAUAUACAACAUCCUGACUAGGAGGUACAGGGCAGAUUUCAUCUUUUUGCGCCCUUAGGCAACUGGGUCCUAGUGCCACCCACGAAUGCGAAAACCCCUGUGUGAGUGCAUGCGCCGGUUCGUAGACUGCAAGGUCCUAGCUCCUGCAAGAGCACAUAUUCACAGCAAUCGUACACUCCCCAGCGCUUUUGUAGAUGCGGCUGGGUGGCAUGCCGCCCCUCAUAGUACAAGUUGAUCCAGGGACUAGUCCGAUUGCCAUUUUGGAGUCAGGAAGGAAUUUUUUCCCCCUCUGAGGCAAAUUGGAGAGGUUUCAGAUGGGGUUUUUCGCCUUCCUCUGGAUCAACUGGCAGUUAGGCAGGUUAAAAAAGUGAAAAAGUUGAACCUAACCUAACUUACUAUGUAACUACCCCCAGAACAUAGGCUUACAACUUUUAUUUUAACAGCAACUAGGUUAUCAAUCACCUCCCAGUGGAAAAUCCCACAUUCCCCUAAGUUAAUAGAUAUUAUACACAGAAUGAAAGAUAUGAGGGAAAUUAAGUACAUGACUGCAAAUAUUAGAGGUUGCCGAGACAAUUGGGAGAAGACUUGGUCUAACUGGAACUAUUACAUAACUUCUACCCAACGGCCUAGAGAUAACGUUUCUACAUAGUGAUAUAGGCUAACUGAACAUUCACAAUACUGAAUACUGAAUAUCAAUGUGAUAUACUUGAGACUGUUUUUCCUUUUUUUAUAUGACUGAAAAAACAAAUAAAAAUUUUACAAAAAAAA